UUGUCCUAAUCCUGAGUUCAGUCUCGUGUGAGAACAGGACAUGAUCUGAUGCCCACCAACAAAACCAAAAGGGGUGUGUGUGUGUCCCUGCCAGAACCAGUGAUGGCCGACCUGCAGCCUUCACACCAGACUGACCAGCCGCUGAACAAGUUCCAGCAGGGACACCUCCCCAACGGAAAUCAAGCGCCUGGAGAUGGCCUGCAGGCCAGAGGCCAGUGGGCCAGCAAGGCGGAGUUCCUCCUGGCCGUGGCUGGACAGAUCAUCGGGCUGGGGAACGUCUGGAGGUUUCCAUACCUCUGCUAUAAAAACGGAGGAGGCGUGUUCUUUGUGCCCUACCUGUUGUUCCUGGUACUCUGUGGGAUCCCUCUGUUCCUCCUGGAGACCUCUCUGGGGCAGUACACCAGCCUAGGGGGGGUCAGUGCCUGGAGGACUAUCUGCCCAUUAUUUGGAGGCCUCGGCUACGCCAGCCAGGUGAUGAUCCUGCAUGGCUGCGUGUACUAUAUUGUCAUCCUGGCAUGGGCCCUCUUCUACCUGUGCUACAGCUUCCAGGCGGAGCUGCCGUGGUCGCACUGCAACAACACGUGGAACACCAAUGCGUGCGUUUUGUUCGAGCACUUCAACCAGAGCACCAACGGGAGCAGCCUGCCGGAGAAUGCCACCUCUCCUGUCAUGGAGUUCUGGGAACGGGAGGUGUUGCGUCUGUCGGACACUUUAGACGAGCUGGGUCCAGUCAGCUGGAAGCUGGUUCUGUGUCUGGCCGCCGUCUGGCUGGUCUGCUACUUCUGUGUCUGGAAGGGGGUGAAGUCCACCGGAAAGGUGGUGUACCUGACGGCCACCUUCCCGUACGCCAUGCUGCUUGUGCUGCUGGUGCGCGGCGCCACACUACCCGGGGCAAUGCAGGGCAUCGUCUACUACCUCAAACCCAACCACACGCGCCUGGCCGACCCACAGGUGUGGAUGGAUGCAGGAACCCAGGUCUUUUUCUCCUACGGAAUCUGCUUGGGAAGUCUCACAGCUCUGGGAAGUUACAACAAAUACAACAAUGACUGCUAUAAGGAUUCCUUCCUGCUGUGUCUCCUGAACAGCAGCACGAGCUUCCUGGCAGGCUUCGCCAUCUUCUCCGUGCUGGGCUUCAUGGCUGAAGAACAGGGCGUGGACAUCGCCGCUGUGGCCCAAUCAGGUCCGGGUCUGGCCUUCAUCGCUUACCCGAGAGCCGUAGCCAUGAUGCCUCUUCCUCAGCUGUGGGCGGUCUGCUUCUUCCUCAUGAUCAUCAUGCUAGGUCUGGACACACAGUUUGUGAGCCUGGAGGCCCUGAUGACCUCGGUCACAGACCUGUACCCCCACCUGAUCCGCCGCGGCCGGCGCCGAGAGCUGCUGCUGCUGGUGGUGUGUGUCGUCUGCUUCCUGGUCGGACUGGUCAUGGUCACACCGGGUGGUCUCUACGUGUUCCAGAUCUACGACCACUUCUCCUGCAGCGGAGCCAGCCUGCUGCUCCUCUCCAUCUUUCAGUCAUUAGCCAUCGGCUGGGUCUACGGAGCCGAGCGCUUCAGCUCCAACAUCAGAGACAUGACCGGCUACGACCCGCUGCCCGUCUUCAGGCUGUGCUGGAAAUACCUGACCCCAGCCGUGUGCACCGCUACGUUUAUCUUCUCGCUGGUGCGCUGGUCCCCGCUGGCUCUGGGUAAAGGGCUGGUGGCUCCGCUCUGGGCCUCCACGCUAGGCUGGCUCCUCACCCUCUCCUCUGUGUCCCUGCUGCCCAUCUGGGCCAUCUACGCUCUCGCCACCACCCCGGGAACCCUGGCACAACGUUUCCAGUUUCUCUGCAGUCCCACCCCAGUGUCCUCUCCGGCCUUCAGCCACAUCUCCACCAGCAGCUCGCUGCUCACCUACAACCCCGUGCGCCCCUUCUCCGGGAAACCGAAGGAACAAAUGGUAGAACUGAUCCAGGAGAAGACCACAUGACUAUAAUCAGCAUCGCGUGUCGCUGCUCAGCCAACCGUGUGUGCCGAACAGGAAGUUUAUUCCCAACAGAAGGGCGGGAUCCUCAUCAGAUCAAAAGACCUGCUGCGUCUUACGGGAGCAACGCCGCUCGCUUACACACGCUUAAAACUCGUUGAGCGACCAUGUUUACAUUCAAGAAGAUGCCUACAGGACAUUCCUGCUAAUCCCAAAACAACCAGUUGGAAAGUUUUCACUCCUGGAUCACAACCACUUCCCUAGCAUCUUCUUUAUUGUUUACGUUACUGUACACAAGGACCAACUCAUCACAGCCGUUUUAACGCACAAGUUAGAAACGCUAAUGUUUGUUUUGUCAGCAUCGUUCCAGCCUAACCCUAUACUCUCUAUGAGAGACGGAUCUCCGCUCGUGCUAGCUUGGCUUCUGAGACGACUCCAUGAGUCGCGCCUGUAGGAGCUAGCAUAGUUCGAAUGGUUUCCAGCAAGUUGUACGGCCAGACCGAGUCAAGGUAAUGCUCCAGUUUUAAUUAGCCAGGUAGCGCUUUUGCUGCCAGUAUACCAACAAGGUAACGUGAAGAGUUCGUUCAGUCAGUCAAAACUAGCUGUUAGCUUAUCAGUCCACUCAGUACUCUCUGAGCUGAGGCUGUUUAAAGAGCCACAGGUAAGAUGACUACUACUUUAAAGCUUCUGAACUAUUGCUUUAAUCUGAUUAUUUAUUAGUUGUGAAGUGAAUGCUAGAAUGUGCAGUAAUUAGUCUUUUUAUGAUGCAGUGUAGAAUUCAAUUUUUUAAAGAAAAUGAAGGCAUUAUUAGCUGAAAGCUGGAAACAAAGAGAAAAUCUAAUUGAGUCAGCGCGUAUUCUAGGGAUGCAGCAAUACACCGCUUUACUGAUUCAUUUUUUUAUUGGUUGUGUGAAGGAACUCAAGAUUUCUCCACUUUUAUAAAAUAAGGUAGUGCAGUUACGUCAUAUCUGUUACGUGAACAUCAUCCUUAUGUCCUUAUGCUAGCUGGCACUAGCAUCGCUAGCAGGCGCAUGCACGAGUAGUGCUAAUGGGCACUAGCAGCGGUAAUUAGUGCUAGCAACGCUAACAGGCAAUAGUGGUGCUAAUACUUCCUGGCAUUGCUACCAGACAUUAAAAGUGCUAAAAGGGGCUAGCAGCGCUAACAGGUGCUGUCACUACCUAGUCUGGAGUUAGCAUAAAUGUGAUGCAAGUCACCAAACUCACGUUAAAGCUGUGUUCGUUUAAAGAGCCUCUUAACCAAUAACAACUCUUUUUUGCGAUAAAUGUAAACGUUUUCUCAGACAAUCGUGUUCCUGCGAUGCUCUGACUCCGCUACAGACCCAGCUCAGAGUUGGAACAAUUUAUAGGAAAAUCAAAAUCUAUUUUUUUGUUUUGUGAAUUUAUUGUUUGUUUAGUUGUUUAAAAAGUUCGACUGUAUCUUUUAUAAGAAAAGCUAAAGUGGAACAUAUUAUGGUCUAUUUUUUAGGAUGAUCGUAGAAAGCUUCACGGCUAUGAGGUUAGUCUGAAUUUUACAGAUAAAAAUAGUAUCUUGUUGGGCUGCAAGAAACUGCAAUAAAAUCUGCACAUUUCACACUUUAUUAUUCACUAUCAUAUGUCAAAACUGCAAAUAAGUUGUUACAUUUUUAGCCAUAGCCAAGUUGCAGCAAAUGGUAUAGCAUAGCUCUUCUACAUUAGCAUUAUGCUAAUAGGCGCUGGCAAUGCUAGCAUCUAUCCGUAGUCUGCAAUAAACAGAAAUGUGGUGUAAAUCACCAGAACCCACAGAAAUUUCAUGUUAAAGCUAAUCGUGUGAACACUUCUUUUGCGUUACUUACUCAGGAAGGGAUCAGGCUUCGUGUGUCACAUCUAAAAUGGUCCCCAGUGAACAUGGUCAGUCUUUCUGACAGGACAACACACAGUGAUGGCAUGUUCAAGUACUUCAAGAUCUAAUCUCACCAUGUUGUCCUUCACAAGUCAGAACUUACACGAGUUUUCCACAAAUGCAUAAGUUUCGCGUAGCGUCCGCUAAGCAUAAUACGCAGCUACUAGUCGUCUUUGGGUGGGAUUCCACCUGCCACAAAGCGAUGCGUCUUCGACACGUCCCAGAAGCAACGUGUUGCGCAUGCUUUGCUUUAGAUUGGGCUGGACGAGAACAUGGGAUCAGUGUGACAUUUUCGGCACCUUUCAAAAUAAAAGACAUUCAGGUUUCCUGUUGCUUAUCUGGUAAAAGAACGACAGCGUCUUUACCUGUGAAACCGCAGCAGCUAAGGUCAAAAGAACAAAAAAUGAAUCACAGACCAUUUGGAAUUAUGCGACUGUCUUUCUCCUUUCUUUUAUCAUGUGAAAUUGUGGAAACAUGCGUGAUCUUUCAAUUCUCUGGUGAUUUUGUGGCAUUGUGGGAUCAGCCUCGUGGAACGCUUUUGCUGCAGAUUCACUUCUAAAAUGCUCCCGGUGGAAAGCAGCAUGCCUCUGAGCUCUUAGGGACCGCGGGUUGUUUACGUUAAAGCUGCUAUGGCGAGUCUACAGAAUAAGCAAGAAUAACACACACCCCACCCCCCCGGGGAUCUUCCCUGAGAUGCUCCUGCCGGAACCAGAAACCCGCGAGUCCGGACGAAACAAGACAGCGCUAGUGGCCGUUUUCUAGGUCCAAACGUCUUUGUUGUUCGUGACUACAAACAGCGUUUGUCUUUCUGGGACUCUGGUAGUUUGUCCUAAAGUUGAAGUGGUAGCAGCCGGCUGUUUCUCCUUCUCUGAUAUUAUUGAGCGGAGAACCUGUUGCUAAAUACGCAAGUUCCUAAUGAGUAGAGGAUCCAAGGAAGUUCAGCGAGACUAACAACUGGAUGGUCCGAUGGUUGCUUUCUGUUCCAAAUGGAUCAUUGCCGGAGGUUUUUAGAUAAAUGCGAGAAAACCGAUUUAUUAAGUUUUUUGUUUUAUUAUCUCUACAAUAUAUUUAUUGCUAAAUUAUGUUAGAACAUUAAGAGGCAUUUAAAGUGUUUUUAGCUAAUUUGUUUAUGCAAUUUGCCGUUGCAGCUAUAAGCAUUGUUAACGCUUCCGGUCGAAAGCCCGGGUAAUGUUCGCGUGGCCACCCCUUCGAAAGUCACCUUCCAUUUUUUGCACUUUCUAACUGAAGGUAAAGUUAAAGUCCCUUUAGUCACCACACACUGGUGAAUUUACAUGUCUGCAUUCGACCCAUCCCCGUGGGGGGCGGUGAGCUGCAGCAGGAGCCCCAGUCCAACCCCUUAAAGCUGAGUGUCAAGCGGGGAGGUGCUGGGUCCCAUUUUGAAGGUUUUGUUGUGACCCGACUGGGAAUUAAACCCCGAUUGAGAAGGAAACUGUCUUGGGAAGAGUUCCAGACACUUGCAACAACUCUGAGACUAUUUUUGAGGGGAAAUUUAUCCGUGACGUUUUGAACUUGUAAAACAGCAAAAGGACUGACGCCCUGACUCCAGGAUUUUCACUAAGGCCAUUCGUUCUUUGUGGAAGACGUUCGCAGCCCAGUAAGAUACUAGUUUUAGAUUUUCGAUAGGUUGAUUUUUGAGAAAAUAUUAUGUUUAGUACCUAAUAGAAAUUAUGAUGAAGAAAUUUAGAUUUUACUUGAACUUUUAUUCUUGAAGUAGAAAAAAAUGUUAUAAAAUAAAGAUUUAGGGACAAAUUUGAACAGUUCUCUGUAAUUUGGAUGAAAUUCACCCCAGAAGAAUGUGGUCAGUAUAUGUUGCGUGUAUAAAAAAAGUUUGUAAUAAUUUGUCACUUUAAUGAAAAAAUGUUUGAGGUUUUUUUUCUCUUUUUAACCAAAGUUCUUGUUUAGUUGCAGAAUAUUUGUAUGAAAGAGUUUUUAUUGAUAAAACAGGAAGCUUCUGGUGAAGAGUCACUCUGACACACUUUUAGAUACAAAAGCUUGAGACGUCAAAGUCUCAUCUGAAGAUGCCUUUUUCACUUGUUACCCGUCGGGUUUACAACCAACCCACUCUACUGUCCGUUUGCUGAACUGUAAAUCCAGAACCGAGUGUAAACCUGAUGAGCUGGUGUGACGUUUUAAUCGUUCUGCUGCUUUCCAGUCCUGGAUCAGAGGUUGGGACUCCUGAAAGUCCUAAACGUUUCCCCUCUCACUGAUCCAGAUGUGUAAUCAUCGGUUUACGGCUGUAUACGUGUGCCUGUUCUUUAAAAACGUUACGAUUACUUUCAUUUUUAAACGAAUAAAUGUGCAGGA